UCACGAUGUGCAGUUGUCAACACUGCUAGCAGAAGACUUCAACAUGGCUCCAGCUUUACGAAGAAUCAAUUCUCUCUUUUUAACUUUAGAAUUGUGUAGUCGUAGGAAUUUGAGUGUUGCUGUGUCACUCAGAGUCGCCUCUAAAGGUGAAAAAGCGUCUCAAUAUGCUCAAGGAGAGACACACUUUGGGUUUGAAACUGUCAAAGAGGAGGAGAAAUCAUCCAAAGUGCACAAAGUAUUUGAAGAAGUAGCUCAUAACUAUGAUAAAAUGAAUGAUUGUAUGAGCUUUGGCAUCCAUAGAAUUUGGAAAGACAUUUUCAUGCAACGGCUGUCACCUGUUUAUGGUACACGUUUACUAGAUGUAGGGGGCGGCACUGGAGAUAUAGCAUUUCGCUAUGUAAAAUACCUUGAAAAUUCUACUGCAAGCCUCGAUCCAAACCAAGCUGAAAGUCAUGUUACCAUUAGUGACAUAAACAAGGAAAUGUUGGAUGUAGGGAAAACUCGAGCUUCUGAAAAUGGUAUCCUAACCAGUGCAAAGAGAGUUAAUUGUUCUGUGGAUUGGCUAGAAGCUGAUGCCGAAAAACUUCCACUCCCUGACAACAACUUUACAGCAUACACCAUAGCAUUUUGUAUUCGUAAUGUUACACAUCCACAAAAGGCGCUUGAAGAAGCGUACCGAGUGCUGCGGCCCGGGGGACGUUUCUUGUGCCUUGAGUUCAGUCAUGUAGAAAAUGAAGCUUUGAGAUGGUUGUAUGAUCAAUACUCGUUCCAAGUGAUCCCCGCCAUGGGACAGCUGGUCGCUGGACAGUGGAAGCCCUACCAGUAUUUAGUGGAGAGCAUACGGCAGUUCCCUGCUCAGGAGGAGUUCAAAGAAAUGAUUGAGGCUGCUGGUUUUAGAUGCGUUACCUAUGAAAAUCUGAACUUUGGUGUUGUAGCAAUUCAUUCAGGAUUCAAGUUGUAGCAAGAGCCUGUGCUGGUGCCAUUUGUUUUGUUGUUUUGUGAAACUGUUACUUAGUAAAUAUAUUCAAUCAAUAA